AUGAGGCGUAUGGUUAAAAGUCAUAACUUCAAUUUAACAUUAUAAAUCUGAAAGAGGAUACAAUCAUACAAAAUGAUUGGUCGCGUGCAUUUUGUUCGAUGGAUGCAUCAACCAAAAUCGAUGCAUAUAAGAUCGGCGAUCCAUUAUUCAUCAGAUGCAACAUCAAACACUACAAAUAACACAGAUAAUUUUCUUAAAUAUGAUUCAGAUCCAUCCAAGCAAUUUUUGCAGAAAACAAAUCGUGAGCUCAUGUAUUCACUGACAACGCUACAAAUUGAUCGUGUAUUUGCAACGCAACCCAAACCAUUUGAACGACCAACGUAUCAUUUUUAUUCAGCAGAAGAGGUGAAAAAUAAAUUGUCUGGAGCAUUACGACAGGCAAAACGUUUACUAGCCAUACCACCAAUUUUGCCGAUUGAAGAAGAUAACAUCCAGGUGUUGGCGAAAGAUCCCGAAGUGCAAGGUUAUACAAAAGCAAAAUUUGUAUUUUGUGACACAACAUUUGGUUUAAAAGAUCGAGAUCGAACCGUUAUGAUUCGACAUCCAACUGGUGUAUUAGAAACUGCCGAUCAAUUGACAAAACGUCGUGUAAUUGAAACAUAUUUUCCAUUCAAUGGUCGUCGUAUAAUAACGCCACGAAUGUUUUUCGGUGAACACCUUCAGCGUCUCUUAAACGAAGGUAAAUAUUUAUUUGUGCUAAACCGAGCUACUGUCCAAUUUGAACCGUUCGAAAAGGAUUAUCAUCGUGUCACAAGUUUAACGUAUCAACACAUCAAUAAACAGAAGGCUUUUGAUUCCUUACGAUCGACGCGUCAUUUUGGUGCGAUGGCCUUCUUUUUGGCAUGGCAUAAAUUAAUCGAUAAUUUGGUAAUUGAUUGUAUUGAACGUGAUUAUCUACGUAAUGCUGUUGAGGCCAUUUGUUUGAUGUACAAUAUAAAUAAAAUCCCAUACGAUGUAUACAUUUUGGAUCAAUUAAAACGAUAUCCAAAACGUGAUCACGAAUAUUUCUACUCGAAAAUAAUCGACAGCAAGGAGCACGAUAUUGAUUUUGAGAUUGAAAAAGUUGCCGGCAAAAAUGAGGAUGACUUAAAAUGCGACGAAAUUUGCUUGAAUUUCCUCGAUGAAUAUUGUAAAUCGUCAAAUGUUACUAAAACAAAUGAAAUCAAAGCCACAAUACAAACCUAUCGAGAAUUGGCCGAAGAGAAACGACGACUUUUACAAGGAUUACAAAAAGCUCAUGGCAUUAAUUAUUCGUUCAAAGCACAGAUAAUAAUGGCCGACGACCGAGUGUCGUAUUUGUAUCAACGCGAUGCGAGCAUCGAUCGUAUGUAUCGUCCACGACCAAAGAACUGUACACGAAAUUUGUAUAAAGAAAUCGAAGAAGAUGAAGAGAUUGAAAAUUUGAUGCCAAACGGAAAUUCUGUGAUAAAUUCAACGUCGUCAAAUAGUUCGGACACCGAUACGGUGGACACACAGGCAUCCGUAUUUUUGCGAUUGUGCCCAGUUAAACUGCCAAGUGUACAAUACGAAGCUGAAAAUAAUCUAUUGAAAGUGUUGCCCGUUAAAUUGGCUGCAACGAAUAACAAAGAUUUGACCGAAAAACAUUUUGAAUUUUCAAAGAUAUUUCACAACGAUGCAACCCAAUUGGAUAUUUACAAUCAAUUGGUGCAAUCAUCCAUACAAAACAAUGAGAGUUUGACAGUUUUAACAUAUGGCACCAGUGGUUCAGGUAAAACAUACACAAUGUAUGGAACCGAAACAGAUGCUGGCAUUGUUCAACGUGCACUCACCCAAAUAUUCACCAAUAAUAAGAAUAUCAUUUGCCCGACAGCGGCGGCCAAACUUGAAAAUGGAAAUAUUUCAAUGGUGUCAGAGCCAAAUGCAAAUGCCGAGCUAGAGUUAAAACGGAAAUUCAUUCGAAAAAAUACAAUGGCAAAAAAUCAACAAAUUAUUGAAAAUAUUCGCAUUGAACAUGGUUUCGAACCGAUUCAAAAUCAAUGGCAACAUUGUUUCGUAUGGAUAUCAUUUGCUGAAAUUUACAAUGAAAAUGUGUACGAUUUGCUGCGAUUGGAUGCAACGAAGCGUGAAAAUUUAAAGAUUAUCGGAAACGAUGGUAAUUCAUUCAUUAAAGAUUUGACAUCCGUUUAUGUGGUGACGCCAAGUGAAGCAAUCGACGUUAUCAAUGCCGGUUUGCAACAAGUCAACUAUGCAUCGACAAAUAUAAAUAAGAAAUCAAGUCGAUCGCAUUGUAUUUUGAUUCUAAAUGUGAUUCAUUUUUCAUAUCCCGAUCGAUUCUCAAAUAGCAUAUACAAGUUUUGUGAUUUGGCCGGUUCGGAGCGCUUAAAAAAGACUGAAAAUGUUGGUGAACGACUUAAAGAAGCCCAACGAAUCAAUACAUCGUUGAUGGUAUUGGGUCGCUGCUACGAUCUUAUGUACCAAAAUCAAAAUUCGAAAUCGAAAGAAGUGUUGCCAUUCCGUGAGUCAAAAUUGACCAUGUUGCUGCAGAAAUCAUUGUUGGGCCACGAAAAGAUCACAACAAUUGUUACAAUGGCACCAAAAUUGGAUUUCAUGGAAGAAAAUUUGCACGUUCUUAAUUUUGCAUCGAUUGCACAACAAAUUGUUUUUAAACAACCAAAACAAGAGGUAAGCAAUAAACGAGCCGCACGAAGUACACGAUUUUCAUGGUUUAUGCCGUCGUAUUCGAACGAAGACGGUUACCGUGAUGAUAUAAAUGAUUUGAUCAAGGAGAAUGAACGCUUGGAAGACGAACUCUUUGAUCUGAAAGACAAAAUGGAGCAAAUCGUUCAAGAAUAUAGCCAUCGAGAACAAGAGGUACGAAAACAAUUAGUGGCCGAACGUGAAGAACAAGUGAAUCGAGAAAAGGAGAAAGCCAACAGACAUAAAGCAUUCAUUGAAUCCAAGUCCAAAGAAAAGAUUGAUCAGCUUGAGCGAACUAAUGCCAAGCUACAACAACGACUUGAUGAAUUAAAAGGAAGUAACAAGGAAUUGAAACGAAAAAAUAAGGAAUUAAAACGAAUAGUGUGCCAACAACAACAAUCAGCCUCGUAUAAUCAUUUGGACAGCGAAGACGAUGAAGAUAGUGAUGAUGAGGAUUCAGAUGAUGGCGAGGACUCGGCAAACGAUUCGAGUGAUGUCGCUGUAGUUGAUGACUUGGAUAGUUCAGUUGAGAAAAGGCGACGUCUUGACUGAUCAAUGAUGAUCAAAAAAAAAACAUAUACCUCCUUGAGGAGUAAAUAUACAAUACAUUUUAUACACUUUAACAUUGUCUCAUUUUGGUGGUCAUUUUUAAUGUCCUAUCGUUCCAUAUACAUAGUUUUCAAAAAAAUCUUUCAUCUUUCAAAUGUUAAGGACCAAACAUUCAUCUGGCGAAUAAAUAAAACAUAAACAAUUAA